CGUUCGGUUCUUUCCCCAACCCUGGUCUCGCUUUCUCUCCGGCGUCGCCGCUUCGUUUUGUUCGCUCGCUUGGUCCCUUUCCUCUCGAAUUUCUCCGGAGUCAUGAAGGUUCCCAUGGGUCCUCCCCCUCCUCGAAACCCAAACCCUACCCUCGAGAACUCUAAUGGCGAGCCUCCUCUUGCCCAGCACUCGCAGUUCAGUGCGAAUCAGGAGGGAGCUUGCGCAGCGGAGUCCGCCGUUCCGGAAUCUGAAGCAAACCCCAGCUCUUCUUCGGAGACCACUGGUACCGGGCCUGAAGUGAAGAUUGUUGAGAAACCGAGCCCUAGUGUUUCUUCCUCUUGCUCCUUCGGAUCUCAAAGCGACAAACUACCCGUUCCUUACUCGAUCCCAACGUGGAGCGAACCUCCUGGGCACCCUUUCCUCCUUGAGGUCCUUAAGGAUGGUAUCAUCAUCGAGCAACUGGACGUGUCUCAAAAAGGGGCAUAUAUGUUUGGACGUGUUGAUCUAUGUGAUUUUGUGCUGGAACAUCCAACAAUUUCCCGGUUCCACGCAGUUUUGCAGUUUAAGAAGGAUGAAGUUUUGCUGUACGAUCUUGGUAGUACACAUGGGACAUUUGUCAACAAAGUCCAGAUAAAGAAAAAAGUCUACACAGCAGUGCAUGUUGGCGAUGUUCUCCGAUUUGGUUUGUCGUCACGGUUGUAUAUUUUCCAAGGACCAACUGAGUUGAUGCCACCAGAGGGUGAUUUGGAGAAACUACGGAAUGCCAAAAUACGAGAAGAGAUGCUUGAUUGUGAAGCUUCACUAGUACGGGCAAGAGUUGAUGCAUCUCUUGCUAGUGGUAUCUCAUGGGGUUUGCAGGAGGAUGCUAUCGAAGAGGAUAUAGAGGACGGUGCAGAUGAAAUAACAUGGCAAACUUACAAUGGACAGCUUACUGAGAGACAGGAAAAAACACGCAGCAAAAUUAUUAAAAGGAUGGAGAAGGUUGCUAACAUGAAAAAAGAAAUUGAUGCCAUACGAGCAAAAGACAUUGCACAAGGUGGCUUAACUCAAGGUCAGCAAACACAGAUAGGUCGGAAUGAACAAAGAAUAUCUCAGAUCAUGGAGGAACUGGAGAACUUAGAGGAGACACUGAAUGAAAGUAUCCAAGAAAGUGUAGGAGCUCGAUCCAGAAAGGUAGCACAUGGUACAAAGAAUAAAAACAUUGAAGAUGAAGAUGAAGUGUUGAGUGAUGAUGAUGACUUCUAUGAUCGGACAAAGAAGCCUUCUGUUCGAAAACCUGGUGGACAGCAGUCAGUUGAAACAGUGACAGCUGAUUCUCUUCUUGAGAGAAAAGUAACAAUUAUCAAACAAAUUGAGGAAAUGAAGUCCCUGCUUUUAAAAGAAGAAGAAAAAGAAAAGGAGGCUACUACCUCUGAACAAAGCACUGAACGUGAAGAUGACCUUGACCUUUAUAUGUCUGGACUAUCAUCUCAGCUUGUGCACGACAGAAUCCAAAAAAUUCAAAAUGAACUAUCAGACCUUCAAGCUGAGCUGGACAAAACAACAUAUCUGCUGAAGAUUGCUGAUCCAAUGGGAGAAGCUUCUCGUAAAAGGGAUCUCAUAGCAGAAGCACCAAAACCCAAACCCACUCCUAGUGUUCCUAAGCCACCAAAACCUGAGCAAAAGCAAGGCAGUCUACCUUCACUUCCUGUGGGUUCUGUCAUUGAAGACUCUUCCAUUACAAAACAAAAGGAACAUACAGAAGCCACUGAGAUCACUGAGGACACAAAUUCCAGCAAGCCUGUGUAUACUGCCUUAAAACCACAGUGGCUUGGUGCCACCAGGGAACUGCCAGAAGAGAAUAUGGUUCUGGAAACUCAGUUAGAUGAGAAUGAGUUGGACAAUUUUGUAGACUACGGAGAUAGGAACAAAGCUCUAAAGCCUGUGAACAGUGGGUCAGAUAUUAAAGGGGCAGCUUCUGGUCUAAUUAUACGGAAAGGCAAGUCUGUCCAUGAGACCAAAGCAGUUGGUGGUAUAAAUUCUGAAGCGGAAGUGUCAGUUUCAUCUGAUGCUGAAGCCUCCGCUGUAGAUGCUAUAGCUCUGCUACUUAAGCACAAGCGUGGUUUGUCUGCUUUAGAGGAAGAAGAACGUGAAAGCAAAAAAUCCAAAAGCAGGGAUAGAGGAAAAGAUAGUUCAAAGCAGAAGCGCGUUCUUGGUCCCUCAAGACCUGAUUUUCUUGGAGUCAAACCAGAAUAUGAAGCAUGGGUACCACCUGAGGGACAAACGGGGGAUGGACGCACCUCACUUAAUGAUCGUCUGGGCUAUUAGUUUAUGGUGUUGUUGCAAAAAGAAUGAGUUGUGUGAUAACUUCCUCCUGAAUGCUAUUUGGGGCUAACUUUCAUGGUAUUCCUCUUAUAGUACUGGCAAUCAUAACCGGUUACGUGCGAACGUCUAUUUCUCCUAUCACCUCCAAUGUUGUUACUGGGCGCUAUAUGCAAUUGAAGUCAAUGCAAGUACCACAUGAAAUGCCAUAUUUUACUGCUGAGACAUCUGCAUGAGUUACAGCUAAAAUGAAGACCAAGUUAAAAAAUAUUACAAAAAGCAGAGCCUUCAACAAUGCUUUCUUUUUAUGUGAUUUUCUGUGUUUUGAUAUGCAAAUUCUUCAGUUGCUUUGAGCUAGGACCCUUGAUUUUACAACGUUUUCUUAAGGCUGAAGUUAGCGAUGCUAAUUAGCUGUGUAUAUAUGCCAGUUCUCAGGUCAUACACUGCCUUACAACAUUACGAAGUUCCAGUUACUCUGGCCGUUUUUGGCUGAACACUUGUAAUAUCAUUAUCCAGUGGUUAAAUCCAAUCUAAAGUUGGAGUCA